AUGGUUAAGAGAUCUGCUAAUAAAAGAUAAUAUGUGAAGAUUUCUCAAAUUCAGAAGUAAGCCUUAUUGUAAUUAGUCUUCUAAAUUGGAAUGAAAAUUAGAGAAGCAUCCUUAAAAUUAAACAUCAAGUAUGCAGCUUCCAAAACAAUGGUGCUGUAAUUUAAAAAAAAAUUAAUUAAAAAAGAGUUUCAGUAUGCUUCUAGCAAACCUUGUUAGAUUGGGCAGAAAACAAAAGACAAGGCUACCCUAAAAAUCAUAACAUAAGUUGGGGGCAAAGAAAUCAACUCUAAAACCUACAGAUACAAUUGA